AUGAUCCGACAAGAUGCCAAUCGUAUUGAUCCAAAACGGCGGACUAUCAUCGACCACAAGAAAAGACAAUUCGCAACUGCAACAUUCAAGCAACAAGACUAUCCCCAUCGCAUGAACAUCUAUGAUACACCUCCUACUGCGGAAAUUACCCUCGAACAGUUUGAGCAAUGGGCCAUUGAUAGGCUGAAGAUUCUGGCUGAGAUCGAAGCAUGUUCUUAUCGCAACAAAUCUCCCGCGGAGACGUCGAGCUACAUUACGCCUCUCCUCCAGAAAUUCCUUCCUCUUUCCUCAAAUACCUCCUCCUCUUCCGGUUCGGCAGACCAGCGUUUGAAAAAUGAACGCCAAAAGGACCACUACUCCCACUUCAUCCUCCGUUUGGCCUUCUCCGCCACGGAGGAUCUCCGUCGACGAUUUGCACGCGCCGAGACCAUGCUUUUCAGAUUCCGUUUUCAGGCAGAUGAUUCGAGAGAAAAGCGUGCAUUUAUUGACAGUUUGAACCUCGACUGGGAACCUGUGAGUGAUUUUGAGAGAACGGAGGUUGCUGAGGCUCUUAUGAGUUCCACCCCAGGGUUGCGUCGAGUGGACGAUGAAACUUGGUAUAAGGUUGACUGGGAGAAAGUUCCUGAGUUGAUCGAACGGCGUUCAGUUUAUCUUCAGAAAGGAAAGGCCUAUGUUCCCGGACGAGAACAGCUGAGCAUGAUCAUGGCUGAGUUUACUGCUCGCCUGGAGCGUGCACUCGAGCUCACAAGUCGGGCACUCCCUCGAUUGGACGAGGACGAUCGUCUGACGCCCAUUUUGAACCAUCUUUCGAAAAACUUUGGCAGCGCCGAGUCGGUGUACUCGGAAGGCGAAGGAUAUGUGGAUGGAGCUCCAAUCACAGCCGGCUCUAUCGAUCAAUUAGCUCAACAGCACUUCCCGCUGUGCAUGAAGAGCUUACAUGUGAAUCUGCGCAAGAACAACCACCUGAAGCACUUUGGUCGACUUCAGUAUACGCUCUUCUUGAAGGGUAUUGGUUUGUCCCUGGAAGAGUGUAUCCUGUUCUGGCGUCAGGGAUUCAAGGGCAAGACUGACGACGAAUUCAAUUCGCAAUACAAGUACAACAUUCGCCACGCCUAUGGUGAAGUGGGUGGAGACGUCAAUCGCCGCGGAAAGGGAUACACACCUUACUCGUGCCAGAAGAUCCUCGGUGAUUCAAACCCUGGCAUUGGUCAGACUCACGGUUGCCCGUAUCGUCAUUAUUCUGUCGAUAACCUGGUUGGUUUCCUCCAAGCUACCGGUGUUAAUGACAAAGAAGUCUUGCGGGGUGUGCGCGAGGAUGUUGGCAAGAUGCGUUAUCACAUUGCUUGCAACCGUGUGUUCGAGGCAACACACAAAAAUGAGAUCAAAAAGGUCAAGGAGGAUGGAACAAUGAGCGCAACGGAUCUUGAUACCAUUGUCCACCCGAACACCUAUUUCAAGCGGAGUUUCCUCUUGAAGCAAAUGUACAAGACGCCGAAGGACGCAUGA